AUGUCUACAAGUAAAAUUGCGCCUGUCCUCCCGGAAGGAGCAGGCUAUGGGGUCGUCGUUGGCAUAGGAUUCUUCUUUGCGCUUGUAAUGGCAGGCAUAUCAUUUAUCCAGAACCGAUAUACCAAGUACUCGACCAAGGGCAGUGAAGAAUUCAACACUGCCAGUAGAAGUAUUAAGUCCGGCUUGAUCGCAGCGGGCAUUGUCUCAGCAUGGACAUGGGCUGCAACUCUCUUGCAGAGUAGCACAGUGGCCUACGAGUAUGGCAUCUCGGGCCCCUUCUGGUCAGAUGCUGCAGGAGCAGUUGUCCAGAUCUUCAUGUUUGCAGUUCUUGCUUGCAAAGUCAAGCAAAAUGCGCCUCGUUGCCACACUUUCCUGGAGAUUAUCCACCGCCGCUAUGGCAAGACGACACAUCUUGUCUUCAUCUUCUUUGCGCUCCUCACCAACGUUCUCGUCGCGAGUCAGCUGCUUCUGGGGGGUAGUGCGGUCGUGACUGCUCUCACGGGCAUGAAUGUUUACGCAGCCGUCUUCCUAAUUCCCUUCGGAGUCUGCAUCUAUGUCGUCUUAGGAGGGCUACGUGCUACCUUCCUCUGCGAUUAUACCCACACCUUCAUCGUAAUGAUAAUAAUCCUCUACUUCAUGUUCUCAGUCUACACGUCCAACGCUCUCAUCGGCUCACCAUCAGCAAUGUUCGAAUUGCUAAAGGAAGCCUCAAUCAAGCGUCCUGUAGCCGGGAAUAUCGGCGGCUCCUACUUAACCUUGAAAUCCAACUACGGCCUAAUCUUCGGCGUCAUCCAACUCUGCUCCGGAAUGGGAACUGUCUUCCUCGACCAAGGAUACUGGCAGCGCGCAAUCGCCAGCCGGCCUACGACUGCUGUAAGAGCCUACAUCAUGGGCGGCAUGGCCUGGUUCGCCAUCCCUUUCGGCUUCGCCACAACACUUGGCCUUGCAGCCGUGGCAUUGACAGAUAACCCCGCUUACCCAACUUACCCCAACAACAUGACUUCGACACAAGUUUCCUCGGGAUUAUCUGCACCUUUCGCAGCUGUCGCCUUACUUGGCAAACCCGGGGCAAUUGCCCUGCUACUCACGCUCUUCAUGGCAGUCACGUCUUCCUCCUCUUCAGAACUAAUAGCCGUCUCUUCAAUUCUCACUUUCGAUGUCUACAAGAUGUACAUCAAACCGCACGCUACACCCGAAGAACUCAUCAGGAUCGCCCAUAUCAUGAUCUGUGUCUUCGGUGUGGUCAUGGCUGUGUUUGCGUGCAUCUGGAAUGCAAUUGGCAUCGAUCUAGGGUGGCUCUUCCUCGUCAUGGGACUACUCAUCGGUGGUGCUGUCUUCCCUGCCGCUUUCGCCGUCACAUGGAAGAAACAGAACAAAUGGGGAGCUAUCUGUGGGUGUCUGAGUGGUCUUGCGGCUGGACUUAUCGCUUGGCUUGUGGAAGCUAAACAGUACUAUGGCGAGUUGACAGUUGCCACAACCGGAGCGUCUUAUCCCACGCUUGCAGGGAAUAUGGCGGGUGUGCUGACAGGCUUGAUCGUUACUGUCGUGAUUUCUUAUAUCAAACCGGAUGAUUUUGACUGGGAGAUUACGCGUUCUUUUAACGCACAAUCCGUGUCUUCGACCCAUCCACCAACUCAGGUCCCUGCCCCUAAAUCAGUCCUGCCCACAAUAAUCGACGAAGAAAAGGAAGCGCUCGAAGACGCCGCCGUCCUCGAGGACCCCAAAAGACUCAAUGGCGCUCUGCGCGUAGCCGUGGUCUCUUCCACAGUCUUGACUUUACUGAUGCUUAUUAUUAUUCCUAUUCCGAUGUUCUUGACCCAUUAUAUUUUUUCGAAGGGGUUCUUCGAGGAGUUUUUCGCAUUGUUUGCUUGCGCUAUAUUGCCUAUUUACGAAGCGAUAGGGUUCUUUAAGGACUUCUAUAGAGAUAUAAUGAUGGGGAAGUAA